AUUUAAAAUAAAAUAUUUAUUAACUAAUGAUAUUGUGCCUUGUGGCCCUCAAAGGGACCGUGGCCGAAGAGAAUUUUUCUUAAUUAGUUUACUCUAAUUCUAAUCCUAUUGAAGAAUUUUGAGAAGCGAGUACGAUGGCGAAUUCCAGAAGCGCAUCAGCGGCGAUUUGCCUGAGCAGAUCGGCGAUGUCAGCCUUCCGAGCGUCCAGCGCCGGCCGCCAGAUUCCCCACACUCCAUCCGCCGCCUGCCAAUCGGCUAUCGGGCGCCCCCGUGCCCUAAUGUUCCCCACUGGCAGCAACAUCUCUUCCUCUACCCUGUUCUCUGCGUCAUGCCUCAACCGCGUAGCAUCCCGCCCCUACUCCUCUUCUGCCCAGAUCCCAGGAACUAGAGCUAUUCGGUCUGUACUCUGGCAUAUAAAUGACGGAAUGGAAGAGGUUCUGGCUGAUUAUGUUCACCACGAAAUGACUCGAACAUGGAUCUCAAUCUGUUUGAGACUGUUUGUUGUAAUCAUGACCAAGGAUGUUGUCGUGGCUGUUGCUGAUCUCUAAAGGCGGGGUUGUCCACGUUCAAAAGUGCUCAUAUGGAACUCGUCUCAGGCACACUCUUCCUGCCUUUAGCAAGAAGGGAAAGGAAUAAAGUGUUCUUCAGAUGACUGAUCUCUGUCUGGAAAUGUAUGAAUUCUGGAAUAGAUUGUUAUAAGAUUCAAGAUUUACUCAGCAAGAACUCCCCGCCUGCAAACCGAUUCUUACUCCUGCAUUGGUCAUUGGAAUUCUUAUGUGCCUUGGCAUAAUCUCCAUUCCAAUCGGUCUGCUUGCUCUUUCCGCAUCCAAGAAUGUGGUUGAAGUGGUGGACCGUUAUGACGACGUGUGCAUUCCAUCAACUGACCAGAAGGUUGGCUUCAUCAAAGAUCCUGCAACAAACAAAACCUGCAUCAGGACCUUCACUAUUCCAAAGAAGAUGAGGAAGCCAGUCUAUGUGUAUUACCAGCUUGACAACUUCUAUCAGAAUCAUAGAAGAUAUGUGAAAAGCAGAAGUGACCGUCAGUUAUGGAACCCCAAAGCUGAGUCUAGCACCACUGUAUGUGAUCCAGAAGGGCAAACAGGUGAUGGUAAGCCCAUUGUUCCAUGUGGGCUCAUAGCUUGGAGUUUGUUCAACGAUACCUACAUGCUGUCCAAGAACGAUGCUGCUUUGCAAAUUAACAAGAAAGACAUCGCUUGGAGGAGCGAUAGAACUCAUAAAUUCAGUUCCAAUAUCUACCCCAAGAACUUCCAGAAUGGCACCUUGAUUGGGGGUGGAAAACUUGAUGAGAGUAUACCUCUGAGCCAGCAAGAGGAUCUGAUGGUGUGGAUGCGGACUUCAGCGCUGCCUACGUUCAGGAAACUAUACGGGAAGAUCGAGACAGACCUCGAAGCCAAUGAGAAGAUCACAGUGACCAUACAGAACAACUACAAUACAUACUCCUUCAAUGGGAAGAAGAAGCUGGUGAUCUCAACGGCGACAUGGAUCGGUGGGAAGAAUGACUUUAUUGGCAAAAUGUACAUGGCUGUUGGAGGGACCAGCAUUGUUCUUGGUGUCAUUUUCUCACUUCUUUAUGUUUUCAAGCCAAGGCCUUUGGGAGAUCCCUCCUAUCUGUCAUGGAACAAGAGUCCAACCUUGGAUUGACUGUUUUGUUGCUUACAAUGAAGUACUAUGAUUCUCUCUCUUGUUUAGAGAGAGGGGUGAAGCAGUUCUUGCAACAUUUUUCAUCAUGGGAUUGCUAUUCUUUUUUCUUCCUUUUUAAAAAAACUUUAAUCAGCACUAAGAAAUUCAUGGCUGGCGGAGAAUUUCUGUUUCGAAAUUCAGUUAUCGAGACUUUUGCUUCUUAGCUCAUAUUUAUGCUUCAUUGUAUUUGCCAAGUGGGGUUUAUUGCAACGAGUUGAUCGAAUGAAAGUGAUAUGCUUGUCUUUAUUA